AUGAUGGGAGAGAUGGAAGCAGCAGAGAUUGAUGAUAUUUUAGACGACUGGUUCAUCGAGUCUCUGAAAUCAGCAUCCCCUACUGGGAUCAUUUUUCUCCUUUUUUCAGCCGUCUGCGUUGCCGGAUACGACUCGUCUAAAAAUGAAAUCCUGGAACUCUGUUUGCCGUUGAAACUUUUGGCGGAUGAAAAGAAGGGUCUCUGUGCGGAGAGGGACUUCAAAGUUGUCCAUGGUGGUUUCUCAGAAGGGCCCAUUCGCUGCCUCAGACACGUCCCAGGAACCCGGUGCAUGGUGACCAACGACGGGCAGAGCUCUGACCUGCAGCUCUGGGACCUGGGAGGAGACGACAGUGAUGUGAUCAGGAGAACAGGAAGCAUCCAGGGGUCCAGUGUUUCCCAAACCGGCAGCAGGAUUGCAGCUCCACUCUCAGCAAUACCUCAAGUCCUUCAUGGGGCUCAGAGCAGCAGCGUACAGCUGACCCAUCUGAGUUCAAGACAGACGCUCUAUAAACUGGAGGCCGACUCGGCAGAACCUCUGAGUGCCUUAAAGUUUGUGGGAGACACCGUCUUCCUCGCCAGCUGCUGUAACGGGAGCGUUUACAUGGCAGACACUCGGACGUCCGCCGCUCCUCAGGUUUCAGCUCCACCUUCAGGUGAAUCGCUGCAGUGGUGGACGGACGCCUCUGCAGCUCCGCAGUCCUGCUGUAAGGUCCUCAGGCUUUCCUCCUCGGGUCAGGCGGUCGUUUCAGACCUGAGGAACCUGGAAGAACCUGUGUGUACGGCCCGCCUGGAUAUCCAAAUGGCUCCAUGCAGACCAUGUGAUGUCACAGUGUGGUGGGCUCCGGUGCUGGAGGGGUGCUUCUCGGUCUCAGGUUUCAGCGGACUCAUUCAGAUCUACGACACCCGUGGAUGGAGGACGGAGCUGCAGGACGCUCAGCCACUGUUUCAGCACAGCGGUCACGCCGUUUCUUCGCCGCACGCCGCCGACACCGUCCCCACCUUCAUCACCUCCCACGCCUGGCAUCCUGAGCGUCCCAGGACUCUGCUGUCUGCAGCUUCAGACGGGUCGGUCCACGUCUGGGACUGGGUGGAACCACAAAGAGACUAGAAGCAUCAGAAAGUAAUGCAGAUGUUUACCGUAGGUUUUAUUCAGUCAGUGCAGAGGAAUGAAUCCCGGAUUGAAUGAUUGUUGAUGGUUUUACUCCAGAACUGCCUAUUUCCUCAGUCUGUGAUGAGUUCAUAUGAAAAACAGAAAACGUGAGCAAUCUUUGCUGCUGUAAAUUGAAAAUAGAUUCUUUGAAAUGACGGCUGUUCCUUUUAACUCUUAAUUUAAAUCCAGUUUGAGGCGUUGAUGGGACAUGUUUAUGCUGCAGCUUUUAUUUCUGUUUCAAUUUGGUUUCUUAAAGGUUUCCGUCUCAUUUCCCUUUUCAGACAAUUAUUUCUCUGUGUAUAUUUUAGCCUAAAUUUGCCCCAUCUAUCCUGUUUCAGUUGGCCCUUUUCUCAAAUUUAUUAAAAUAUAUUUCAACCUGAAACAAAAACUUAAAAGUUUAUGAUGAAUUUGGCUGCAGUCAAGUUUUCUCAGAAAAAUGGGAAUACAGUAAAAUACUUUAAAUUCAGAAACUUCAUUGCACAGGAUCUGCACCCAGUAGACGUUCAGAGCUCUGCUUACUUAUUCUCCCCUCUUUAAUAUUUCUGGAUUUGAGUUUUGCUGUUCAGUUGAACCCUUGUUAUAAAUUUUGGAUGAGAUUCCAGCCUGUUGAGGUUUAAAAAAGAGGAAUUUAAACUUUAUUUUACUUUUACUGACUAUUUCUUGUAUUCUCAGAGGCUGAUAGAACAUUACUCACCUCUGUUGACUGUGCAGGUCACAGUGAGGCUCAUCAAAACUAGCAGCGCAGCUCUGAUGUUAUUCUCUUAAAGGUUUAUAUGGAGGACACCAGCUGGAAAUGUGGAAGAAAUGCAGCAUAAAGCAGUUUGUUCCCUAGAGAAAUUUACCGUUUACUCUUUAAAGGUAAGGGAACAGGAUGGGAGCUACAAUUUCAUGGACUCGGAUUGAGCCGAAGAUUAGAGGUGAGUAUUGGCAAAGAAGUCACGAUUCGAUUUGAAUCACGAUUAACAUGCCAUGAUGCGAUUCUAUCACGAUGCAUCAUGAUACUUGAAAUAUUGCGAUGCAUCGCGAUAUUUCCACUGAACACUGUAAGAAAAAGAUCCAGCCCUUACCAGUGGCUGACUGGCUGCUUA